GAUGCAGAGCACAGCCCGACCGGGGAAGGGAGGGUACCAGGAACAGCCGGAGGAUGAAUGGAACAGCGGUACCAUUUCCUUCACGAGAUGGGGGAGUGGCGAAGGAAUGCAUCCUCCUCCCCUCAAAUGACGGGGUCAGAUGGUUCCGCCGAGGCCGCACAAGCAACCGCUUCCAAGCGCGGAGCCAAGGCGGCUUGAGCGUCAAAGUCAGUCGGCGGCGAAAGGGGCUCCUCCCGCCGCUGAAGGGUUGGACCAACUGGCUUCUUUCCGAUCAAGCCGUGAGUAUUUCCCCCCUCCGUUUCAAAUGGUACUGCCUGUAUCAAGCGUAGAGCGGAUAAGGUCAGAGCGAACCACUGCCCACGAGAGGGGGGGAAAUCGGGCAAACUCGCUUUUCCCUUCGCCUGAGGAAACCUAACUCCCGCUCGUCGGUAAGAGUGCUUUAAAAGGCAAGCAGGAACCUUGAGUUAUUACAUAACUUUGGGGGAGGUUCUGUGGGCAAACCGCGUUCCCUCCCCCCAUUGUGCUUAUUGGUAUUUCCCACUCGCCUUGAGGGGGCAUCUUUGGCUCUUGAGGAUUGUACCACUAUGCGCUACACAGAGGGGGAAGCAGUGGACAGAGCUAUUGUAUCAAAAGGGGAGCCUGCAGGAAAAUUUUAUGUCCUGCUUCCUAAGUAUUUCCCUCACCACCACGCCCACAAAAUAUAAUUUUACCAUCACGCUUCCUAGUGCUGUCUGCUUUGAAGAGGGAGGAUCCAGAGAAAGACCAAUGGCAUAAGACCAAUCCCCCUUUUUUUGAGAAAUGGGACUGCCGAUUCAUAGUGAAGCCGAUGAGAAAGGACUGAACCACUCACGCCGACGGGAGGGUCAGCGGGAAAGGCUUGCACGCGUGCAAUUAGCCUUCCUGGGCUGGGUGUUGUGUGCACAGUCCCCUCCCUUCCCUGGCUAGGUAGUGCAGUCCCCUGUGCAGGGCAGGUGGGGCGGGGACAGGGGUGGGGGGCUUUCAUUGUGUGAGGUCUCAUUCUUGCUCUCGCCUUCCCAGGAGCCACAAGGGACCAUGAGUGACGGCGACAAGAACCCAGCCAGCACCCCGACCCCAGUCACUGAUGUGCAAGGGGAUGGGCGAUGGAUGUCCCUGGUGAGAGGCCCAGCUGGCUCAGUGGCCCAUUGGGAGGAUGGCGGGCUGUAGAGAACAAAGCAAGGAGGAGGGGGUUGGGGGGGGGGGAAGAAUAGUUUUCCACUUUGGGAGGGUGCAGUUGCAUUUUCCAGGGUUUUCGUUUGCACGUCUCCAGAUGGUGGCAGUCACAGUUAGCAGCUUCGAAAGACUUGCAAAAUAUUUGUAUUUUUAGAUUGAAACGCAUGCACCCUCCCACAAAAGAAAGCAGGUUCAUGUGCAGCAUUUUUUAAAAAGCGAAGGUGAAAAGGGGAGGUAACAUCCUUAUGAAUGAACCACCUGUAAAACAGACAAAAGACCUGAAGUAGACUCCUGCCUCUCACUUGCCCCUAUUUAGUAUUUGUGACCCGCUUUUUCUCCCAAAGUGGAAAACAACAAGGGAAACCCCAAAUGACUUACAGUGGAGGCGAUAGUGCAUGGUGGUCCUCAGGCAGCGUACAGUUGCUUGUGUGCUCAUUUCUUGUGUGCUAGGCCAGAAUUGCCAAUAUGCUAAUCCUGAGAAGGAUGCAGAAUGGAGCCCCAUCCCUGCAAAGGGUGCUGUUGUGGUGCAGAGCGAUAAAACCACCUAUUACCUCCUCAGUUGUAGGGCUUUCAUUUAACCAUUGACAGGGGACCUAUUUUUAAUGUUUCAGGAGUGUAGGCCGUGUCAAGUCUAUUGCAGCAAAACCAACAGAGCACCUUAAAUAUUAAUACUUUUAUUGUUGGAGAUGCUUUUGCAGGCUAGGGCCAGGGCCUGCUUUUAAUAUUUCAACCUUGUAUGUGCCCUCCUUUUCUCCUCUUUCUUCAUAAUCUCAGUAGUGGCACCCGCCCUGUGGAACGCCCUCCCACCAGAUGUCAAAGAGAAAAACAACUACCAGACUUUUAGAAGACAUCUGAAGGCAGCCCUGUUUAGGGAAGCUUUUAAUGUUUAAUAGACCAUUGUAAUAUUUUGUUGGAAGCCGCCCAGAGUGGCUGGGGAAACCCAGCCAGAUGGGCGGGGUAUAAAUAAUAAAUUCUUCUUCUUCUUCUUCUUCUUCUUCUUCUUCUUAUUAUUAUUAUUACAAAAGAAAAUGGUGCUGGUAUCACCAGUGUGGCUCACCUGAAGCUGUAAAGGGAGGUGGGACCCACUCUUAUACCACCCACUAAUUGAAGGCCAAGAAUGGAGUGUUGAGUUUGCAUGGGGUACAUUUAUGCCCCUGGGAAGGUUCCAUUUCUAAGCCUAAUUUCUCACCUUUGGCCUGGCUACCACCUCACACAUUACGAUGUGGAAAGUGCUUUAUGAAUGUUAGGUACCCCUUUUAGCCUCCUUUUCAGCCACUUCUUUCUCAUCAGGGUGGACAAUAACAGUGGAGUUUUUUCCAUUUCUAUGUCUUGGCAUGUAAAUACAUGGCAGUUUUUUGUGUGGUAAGUGAACGGGAAAUGGUUGGCGGUAACAAUACACAAAAGCUGCGUACGCAAUAUAACUUUAAGGUACAUUCCAAGCACAUUCCCCCCCCCCCCAGAAUUCUGGGCACUUUUCGUUUGUUAAGGGUUGCUGGGAAUUGUAACACUGUGAGGGGUAAACUACAUUGCCCAGAAUUCUUUGAGAGGGAGGAAUGUGCUUCUAAUGUGAUUUGAAGAAUUGGUGUGUGCGCAGCCUUAACAUUGCAGGGAUUAAGGCGGCACUCCUGUGCGGAGUUAGGUAUAUUUUAAGACUAUAGUGAGUCUCACCUGCAACUCAUUUUGAAACUGGUCUGCAUGCCUGGGUUGCUUCCUCUCUCCACCUAAUGACGUUCCUUUUUUUAACUUUGUCUCUUGAAAUUUGCCCUCUUUCUCCCCAUAAAACAGCACCAUCGCUUUAUUGCUGAUAGCAAAGACAAGGAACCAGAGGUUGUCUUCAUUGGAGACUCUUUGGUGCAGCUGCUGCACCAGUUCGAGGUAAGGUGGCUCAGAAAGAAACCUGUAAGGGGCGAGAUGGGUAAGUGGAAUUCUCUUUUAAUGGUCUGACAGCUGAUUUGCUUCCUCCCCCCCACAGAUCUGGAGAGAGCUUUUCUCCCCUCUACACGCUCUCAACUUUGGCAUUGGGGGCGAUGCCACCCAGCAUGUGCUCUGGCGCCUGCAGAAUGGGGAGUUGCAGCACAUCCGACCAAAGGUAAUCUUUAUGAAAUAGUCCUAUGCCGACUCAGACCAUUGGUCCAUCCAGCCCAGAACUGACUGACUGCCAUUUCCCAAGAUCUCAGAGGCAUUGAUCAGCAAGAUCCUUUAAAAACUGGAGAUGCCAGGGAUUGAGCACUCUCCCGUGAUCCUAAAGCUUUUCCCAAGAGAUGUCUCCUUACGGGAAGCAUCCGAGAUUGGGUAGUAGUGGUACGGGAACAUAGAGCAGGAUGAGGAAGUAAUUGCUGAUCUUUAAGGAGAGUUAGGUUUGUUUCUGUUCUACUAGUAGGAAAUCUUACAGAUUUUCAUAUUUUCUGCAUAAUUUAUUCUGCCUCUAGGAGUGUGUGUGUGUGUGUACUUCGGCAUUUUUUCAAAAGGACGUAUCCAAAAACUCACAAUGGAGGAUGAAAAGGAUAGAGAUAAAUCGACAGUAGCCCUUCUUGCAUAAACUCUUUGCAAAUAAUAUUUAACUCAGUUUCUGUGACGCAUGCAUCAUAUGCCUAUGUCUCUUUAUUUUGCUUAAUUCUGCUUUCACUAGUUAAUGAGUCCUUGGGAAGAAGAAGAAGAAAGCACUGGAAAUUCUGUUCAGACUACUUCUCCCGAUUUGCUCAGAUUAUCUGCACCUUGUAAAGCAUACAGUCAUACCUCGGGUUAAAUAUGCUUCGAGUUGAGCACGUUCAAGUUGCGCUCCUCAGCAACCCGGAAGUAACGGAGCGCGUUACUUCCGGGUUUUGCGGCUUGCGCAUGCGCAGACGCUCAAAAUGACGUCAUGCGCAGAAGCUGCGAAAAGCGGCGCGCGCAGACGCGCCGUCGCUAGUUACGUUUACCUCUAAAUGUGAACGGGGCUCCGGAACGGAUCCCGUUCGUAUCUAGAGGUACCACUGUAUACUGUAGCUGCCAGGCCUAAGGACUUGAAACAAGCUUUUAAAACAUCAGCUAGGGGCUUCCAUCCUUGCUCACCCAUCCCACCCCAAUGCUAACCCCAUUCUCUUUGCACCUUGGCCCCCCAAAAAACCCACCCCUUCACAGCUCGCCCCAAUCACCCCAUCCCCAUACUGUUUGUCACUGCCCCCAGUGGUUAGGGGAGAGACUCCUCCCCCCCCUUUGUCAACCUUUGCUGAGAAAAAAGAGCCCAAUUGUGGCUUUAAAAGCAGGAUGGGGAACCUGUGGUUGAUGGGAGUACAGCAACAUUCCAUCCCUGCAGGGAGGAAUCUUCAGCUACAGGAGAAUAUAAUUGUUGUAACGAUGCGGGUGGCUUUCUUUAGGCCGGGACAGCAACCUCUCCUUUCUCCAAGAGAAACUGAUUCCCCCAUUCCCCCACCCUCUUUUUACCCAUAGAUCGUGGUCGUCUGGGUGGGCACCAAUAACCACGGCCACACUGCCGAGCAGGUGGCUGGCGGCAUAGAAGCCAUUGUGCGGGUCAUCCAGCAGCAGCAACCGCAGGCCCGCGUGGUGGUCUUGGUGAGUGUCAAGGGUGUCUGGGCGGGACUGCUCUGGUGGGACGGAUGAAGGUUUAAGGCAGCUGCUGUUGGACUACCACUCCCAUCAUCCCCAGCUAGCAGGAUCGGUGGUCAGGGAUGAUGGGAACUGUAGUCCCAAAACAACCCCAAGUUCGGGAAACCCUAGCGUAAGGUCUGCACUGCUUUCUAAUCGGCUCGCGUCUCCUCCAACGCAGGGCUUGCUGCCGCGGGGCAAGAACCCCAACCCCUUGCGGGAGAAGAACAGCAGAGUGAACGAAUUGCUUGAGGCAAAGGUUCCUCUGCUGCCCAACGCCUCCUUUCUCAACGUCGACCCGGGCUUUGUGCAUUCGGACGGGACCAUAAGCCACCACGACAUGUACGACUACCUCCACCUGACCCGCAACGGCUACGCCAGACUCUGCCCCGGCCUGCACCGGCUGCUGCUUUGCAUGCUGGGAGAAUGCCACGCUCAAAGCCCUUGACCAAAUGCUGUCGCUUGUGGCCAAGAUGGAGCCACGCUCUGGCCUGGGUGGCUGCAAAGGGACAUCUCCCCAGAAGUUAGAAUGCUGUCUCUCCCGCCACCUCUCCUCCGGUCUUCAAGUGGGUAGGCAAUAAAUACAGCUUCUCUCCCAAGCUGUUAUGUCUUCAUCUACCUAGUAUUCAGCACCGAAUGCUGAUUUCUCUCCCCCAAAUCCCUUUCAGCAUGUUAGUUCUGUAGAUUGUUAAGUGAUUGUGGGAGACUGUGGGGUUGGGAGGCCUGUUGGCCGGCAUUUGCCAAAAAAUUAAGUUGGGCACAGGGCAAGUUGAUGUGAACUUGCUUAUGUUUACUUAAUAAAAGUGGUGCACAAAGUU